UUAAUUUGCAGUUUAUCUAAGUAUAAUGUAAUACUGUAUUUACCAAUGAUUAAAGACAAUUUUUUUCUAGAAUAUUCAUUUAAGAUAUUUUAAAUCUUAAAAAGCACUAUAAUUCCAAAUUGGCAAACUUAAACGAUUCUGUGUUACCAAUUUACCAUAAAGGUCCUCUUACAAGGUGUUAUUUCAAAAAAUAAAAGUCUAUAUGAUUUAAAACUUAAUAUUAYACAUGAUAAGAUGAUUGGUAUACAAAAUAAAAGCGUACUAAUCACUCCGCUUGAAUAGUACGACCACAGUAUUAUUUCGUGUCUCAAUACAAUUAAUUGUGAAGAAACUGACCAUCAUAUUAUUUAGAUACAGCCGGACUCGACAGAUUAAGAAAACUAUUAUAACGGCAACGUCUCGCAUCAGAUCUUAAAAAAAUAUAGAUGUAUAAUUUUAAAUACAUUUCAUGAUUCUUGUAUACGGUAUCACUACUACAAUAAGUCUUUGAGAACAUUUUCAUAAACGAUUUUUCAGACGAAAUACGGCAGCCAUCUAUAAACCAUCGUUCAAAAUAAGCGAUUUUCGCAUAAUAUACUAAGACACCAAGAGAAUUAUAAUAAUAUCACUAUGAUAUUUAAUUCACGGCACGUAUCACAGAGAUGGGUGAUGGCCCUGAUGGGGAUGCUGGGCGUGACGAUGGCGUACGUGAUGCGAGCAUGCUUGGGCAUCACGCUCACGCAAAUGGUGAUGCCCGUACAGGCACAGGGGCGGCRUAGCGACCAGCUGAAGUCCGUGCAAUACGACUACUGUCCGGUACCGGUGACAACGGCGCAGAGGCGACUUAACUCAUCAGCGUCCAACCUGACAUCGGUGGCGGCCACGGUGGCGACGCAAGAGCACUUGCACGGCGGCCGCCCUAGGUUUGAUUGGGACGAGGAGACACAGGGAGAGGUGCUGUCGGCGUUCUACUACGGUUACAUACUCACCCAUCUGCCAGGCGGCGUGCUGUCCCAGAGGUUCGGUGGCAAACACACAAUGGGUUUCGGCAUACUCUGCACGGCCAUAUUCACGCUGAUGACACCAUUUGUGGCACACAUUGGGUCCAGGCCCCUGAUAAUCCUGCGAUUCGUCGAAGGACUUGGUGAAGGCAUGACGUUUCCGGCGCUUUGCACACUCUUGGCGCAGUGGGCGCCCCCCGAAGAAAAAGGAAAAUUUGCUACGCUAGUGUUUGCAGGUGCACAAGUCGGUAAUAUUUUGUCAAACUUUUUGAGCGGGUUCAUCAUGCGGUACAUACCUGGUGGUUGGCCGAACGUCUUUUACUUUUUCGGUAUUGUUUCAAUCCUCUGGUUUAUAAUUUGGUGCAUGUUCGUAUAUAACGAUCCAAAUUCCCACCCAUUYAUCUCGGACGAAGAACGGGCCUACUUGAAAAAAUCCAUCGGAAGACUAGAAAGGAAGAAGGAUCUAACGCCUACACCGUGGAAAUCUAUUCUAUCCUCUGGACCAGUAUGGGCACUGAUCAUCGGUGGAGCAGGACACGAUUGGGGCGCUUUCACUCUAAUCAGUGAUCUUCCUAAAUAUAUGAGUGAUGUCUUGCAUUUUUCCGUGACUGAAAAUGGUUUGUUGACGUCAAUCCCAUUUCUCGCCCAAUGGGUCACAUCUAUUGCUGCCAGUGUACUAGCCGAUCGCCUAAUAAGUAAAGGAUCAAUGAAUGUCACCCAAGUCAGAAAAAUAUAUGCCAUUAUAGGAAAUCUUGGUCCCGCUUUGGGAGUGAUGUGUGCUUCAUUCGUUGGAUGUAAUAAACUUAUUGCAACAUUGUGUUUUACCUUGGGCAUGGCACUCAUGGGAUUCUGUUAUCCUAGCUUACGUAUUAAUUCACUUGACUUAUCACCCAAUUAUUCAGCUACUCUGAUGGGGUUGGUAAAUGGUAUUGGUUGUUUAUCAGGAAUGGCCACUCCAUAUAUUGUAGGAAUCCUCACACCAAAUAGAACCGUUUUAGAAUGGCGUUUGGUAUUUUGGAUCAUGGUGAUAAUAAUGAUGUCAACAUGUUUAAUCUUUGUAGUUUUUGGAUCUGGUGAAAUACAGCCAUGGGAUGAUUUAAAACAGUAUCGUCUAAGUGAAAAUGAAAAGGAUCAUAAAGAUGAUGAAUCAAAUAUUAUACAAUUGAAAUCAAUAGAAGGAGCAUGGAGCGACAGUCAUGACAGAAGACGUAAACCUUUAAUUUUCUUACCGAUUAUUGGACAGAUUUUAACCGAUGGAUUAAACUUAGUGAAUCACUUUUGGCAUUGGUCUUCAACAUUUAAUACAAUCUUUACAUCAGUUAUCCCUGGAUUGUACGUCGGUCGAAAUAUGUUUUGGAUUGGUGUGAUGUCAUAUGUAUCAGAAAAUUCAAAAUUUGAAAGUAGAACUUUUAAACACGGAAUAAUUAUUGUUACAUAUAUCUUUAGUUUGUUAAUAGGGUGGGGCUUAGUAGAAAUUUUAAAAAGUGGGAUGCAUCAUUUCUACUAUUAUUUAUUGUUCAUAGUACCGAUAUUGUUUAAUUUGUUUGCCAUACUGAUUGGCCAUUUGUAUGUUGAGGAUAAUUCUGAUAUUUAUAACAAAGACUAUAUGUGGUUGAGACCAGACUUUUUGCUCAAAGGUUUCAUUGAUUUAUUUGAAAACAAAUGUAAAGGGUUUCCUAUCGUACUAGCAACAUUAAUAAUAUGCCAAUCAGUCAUAGUAGCGAGAAUCGGAAGUGAAUAUGAAAUAAUAAUGCAGUAUUUAAGAACUUCGUUUGUUUGGUACAAUGAUGACUAUAUUUAUUUCUGUGUUAUCAAAAUGUUGGCGAUAAUCUUUGGUACUAUGUUCUCAGUUUUUGUGUUGAGUUACAAUAUGAAAAUAAGUGACCUAGCUAUUGGUAUUUCAGCUUGCAUCAUUUACAUCAUUGUUGCUGUAUUAUACGUAAUUUCAAAUCAAUUUUGGCAAAUUUUUAUUAUUACCAUGAUAUAUUUUUGCCACGGUAGUGCUGUGACUAUUACGAUUUCGUUAGCAUCUAAAAUGGUGGAGAACGAUCAUCUUGGACGAUUUUAUUCUGUUCAAACGUGUAUGAACUCGAUGUUGACGUUUGGUAUAAUUAUGGCAUAUAAGACCAUUUCAUAUGAUAAUAAUAUGUAUUCUACUAAAUUCGGUCAUUUUUGUUUCGUAAUUUUGAUGUAUGUCAUUCUGACUAUGCCUAUUUUAUUUGUUUUUAUGACUCUAUAUUCGAAGUACAAAUACUUUUGGAAAAGAGAUGCUACAAGAACUAUAAGAAGAAGACAACAAUCUCUUUAUGCCAUAGCUAACUAAUUAAAUAAUUUGAUAAUUUAAUAAUAGUUCCUGGUAUCUGUAUUUUUUGUAAACUUUCAAAUUUGUUUGGAGAUGUGGAAUUAGUUAUUUAUAUAUUGUAUUGUAUAGGUGUUA